CAGAUGGUAAGGCUAUUGGAGGACAGGCACAAGUACAUAGAAACGCACAUACAUGUAGAUCUGGAAAAGAUCCAGCCCUGGACUUGAAGCUUGGGGUGAGAACCUCUAUUCUGUGUACCUUCAGCAUAUUCUAAGGGAGGUGCUCGAGUCACUCAAGACUUACUGGCCAAUCAGAGCCGUUAGGCGGGCCUGCCAGUCAGAACGGAAGGCGGGUUUUUCCGGGUGCUGUGUUGCCGGUUUCGUUUAGGAGCUGAGCUGGCUUGGAUCGUCUCUUGUGCUGUGCUCUCUGUCCUGCCGCUGAAUGCUGUGGAGCAUGCUCAGGCAAGCUCCGAAGUUGCGACAUGGAUGCAUUGACCUAUGAUGAUGUGCAUGUGAACUUCACUCGAGAAGAAUGGGUGUUGCUGAGCCCUCCACAGAAGAGUCUGUACAAAGAUGUGAUGCUGGAGAUCUACAGGAACUUCAAUGCUGUAGUAGCCUUCAAUUGGGAAGACCAUACUAUUGAAGAACAUUGUCAAAGUUCCCGAAGAUAUGGAAGGCAUGAAAGAAGUCGCACUGGAGUGAAAUCAUCUGACCGUAUUCCUUAUGGGGAUGCCUUUGUACAUCACAGUAGUCUCCAAAUGCAUAAAGUAAUACGUACUAGAAAGAAACACUACAAAUGUAACCAAUGUGAUAAAGCCUAUUCUCGACCCAGUACUCUCCAAGUACAUAAAAGAACACAUACUGGAGAGAAACCUUAUGAAUGUGAUCAAUGUGGUAAAGCCUUUGCACGACUCAGUCAUGUCAAAAUGCAUAAAAUAACACAUACUGGAGAGAAACCUUACAAAUGUGAUCAAUGUGGUAAAGCCUUUGCAUUUGAUAAUAGUCUCCAAGUACAUAAAAGGACACAUACUGGUGAGAAACCCUAUGAAUGUAAUUGCUGUGGUAAAGCCUUUGCACAUCGUUGUCAUCUCCAAGUACAUAAAAGAAUACAUACUGGAGAGAAACCUUACAAAUGCGUUCAAUGUGGUAAAGCCUUUGUAGGUCAGAAUGAUCUUAAGCGACAUGAAAGAAUUCAUACUGGAGAGAAACCUUACAAAUGUAACGAAUGUGGUAAAGCCUUUGUAUGUAAUGCUAGUCUCCGAACACAUAAAGCAACACAUACGGGAGAGAAUCCCUAUGAGUGUAAUCACUGUGGCAAAGCCUUUGCAUAUCAAAGUUCUUUACAAACACAUAAAAGAAUACAUACUGGAGAGAAACCCUAUGAAUGUAAGCAGUGUAGUAAAUCCUUUUCCUCUCAUGGUCAACUUCGAAAACAUGAAAGAAUUCAUACUGGAGAGAAACCUUACAAAUGUAAUGAAUGUGGUAAAGCCUUUGUAUGUAAUGCUAGUGUCCAAACCCAUAAAGCAACACAUACUGGAGAGAAGCCCUAUGAAUGUGAUCAAUGUCGCAAAACCUUCGCAUAUCAAAGUUCUUUACAAGCACAUAAAAGAAUACAUUCUGGAGAGAAACCCUAUGAAUGUAAGCAGUGUAGUAAAUCCUUUUCCUCUCAUGGACACCUUCGAAAUCAUGAAAGAAUUCAUACUGGAGAGAAACCUUACAAAUGUAAUGAAUGUGGUAAAGCCUUUGCACAGCAGACUCAUCUCAAAGUGCAUAAAAUAACACAUACUGGAGAGAAACCUUACAAAUGUAAUGAAUGUGGUAAAACCUUUGUUGGUCAGAAUAAUCUUAAAAGACAUGAAAGUAUUCAUUCUGGAGUGAAACCUUAUGAAUGUAAGCAAUGUAGUAAAUCCUUUGUCUCUCAUGAUGAACUUCAAAAACAUGAAAAACUUCAUACUGGGGAGAAGCCUUACAAAUGUAAUGAAUGUGGUAAAGCAUUUGCACGACACAGUCAUGUCAAAAUGCAUAAAAUAACACAUACUGGAGAGAAACCUUACAAAUGUGACCAGUGUGGUAAAGUCUUUGGAUAUCAGAGUACUCUUCAAGUACAUAAAAGAAUACAUACUGGAGAGAAGCCCUAUGAAUGUGAUCAAUGUGGCAAAGCCUUUGCAAAUCCAAGUUAUUUCCAUGUACAUAAAAGAAUACAUACUGGAGAGAAACCUUACAAAUGUGUUCAAUGUGAUAAAGCCUUUGUAACUCAGAAUGAUCUUAAGAAACAUGAAAGAAUUCAUACUGGAGAUAAACCUUCCAAAUAUAGACAAUAAAGUAAAGCCUAUUCACCAUCAAGUCACCUCCAACUACAUAAAAGUGCACAUACUAAAGAGUAAACCUAUGAAUAUAACCAAUGUUGUAUAAAGCCUUUCCAGUGAUCUUGAAAAGUGUGGUGGUUUAAAUAUACUUGACCUAUGGCAAAUGCCAGUAUUUGGAAGUGUGUCCCUUCUGGAGUAGAUGUGGUGUUUGAGAAAGUAUGUCACUCUGCAGGUAGACUCUGAGAUCCUAAGGUUAAGCUCCUCCCAGGGCAGAAGAGUCCUCUGGCUGCCUUCUGAUCAAGAUGUAGAACUCUUGUCUCCUCCAGCACCAUGUCUGCUUGGACACUGCUGUUCUAUCCAUCUUGAUGAUAAUAGACUGAACUUCUGAAUCUGUACACUACCCCCA